AUGGCGGCGGGCGGCAGCGGGCGCGCGUCGUGCCCGCCGGGGGUCGGGCCUGGCGCGGGCGGCCUGGGGCCCAGCGCCAACGCGUCCGCGGCCCCCAGCAACGCCGCCGCCUGCGCCCCGGGGCCGCCGCCGCCUCCGUCCCCGCCGCCCGGGCCCGGUCCCGACGCGCAGGCCGUGGGCGACGAGCGCGACGACGCGGGCCCGGGCGCGCUGCUGCGCGAGCCCGUGUACAACUGGCAAGCCACCAAGCCCACGGUGCAGGAGCGCUUCGCCUUCCUCUUCAACAACGAGGUGCUGUGCGACGUGCACUUCCUGGUGGGCAAGGGGCUCAGCUCGCAGCGCGUCCCCGCGCACAGGUUCGUGCUAGCCGUGGGCAGCGCCGUCUUUGACGCCAUGUUCAAUGGUGGCAUGGCUACCACAUCCACUGAGAUCGAGCUGCCUGAUGUGGAGCCUGCUGCCUUCCUGGCGCUGCUUAAGUUCCUGUACUCAGAUGAGGUGCAGAUUGGGCCUGAGACGGUGAUGACCACGCUGUACACGGCCAAGAAGUACGCUGUGCCUGCCCUUGAGGCGCACUGUGUGGAGUUCCUGAAGAAGCACCUGCGGGCUGACAACGCCUUCAUGCUGCUCACACAGGCGCGGCUCUUCGAUGAACCACAGCUGGCCAGCCUGUGCCUGGAGAGCAUCGACAAGAACACAGCUGACGCCAUCGCCGCCGAAGGUUUCACCGACAUUGACCUGGACACGCUGGUGGCGGUGCUGGAGCGCGAUACCCUGGGCAUUCGUGAGGUUCGGCUGUUUAAUGCGGUUGUGCGCUGGUCUGAGGCUGAGUGUCAGCGGCAGCAGCUUCAGGUGACGCCUGAGAGCAAGAGGAAGGUGCUGGGCAAGGCUCUGGGUCUCAUCCGCUUUCCCCUGAUGACCAUCGAGGAGUUUGCCGCAGGCCCGGCACAGUCCGGCAUCCUGGUGGACCGAGAGGUGGUCAGUCUCUUCCUGCACUUUACUGUCAACCCCAAGCCACGUGUGGAGUUCAUUGACCGGCCGCGAUGCUGCCUGCGGGGCAAGGAGUGCAGCAUUAACCGCUUCCAGCAGGUGGAGAGCCGCUGGGGCUAUAGUGGCACCAGUGACCGGAUCAGGUUCUCGGUCAACAAGCGCAUUUUCGUGGUGGGCUUUGGGCUCUACGGCUCCAUCCACGGGCCCACUGACUACCAAGUGAACAUCCAGAUCAUCCACACGGACAGCAACACGGUCCUUGGCCAGAACGACACAGGUUUCAGCUGCGACGGCUCCGCCAGCACCUUCCGUGUUAUGUUCAAGGAGCCUGUGGAGGUCCUGCCCAAUGUCAACUACACGGCCUGCGCCACGCUCAAGGGCCCGGACUCUCACUAUGGCACCAAAGGCCUACGCAAGGUGACCCACGAGUCGCCCACCACGGGCGCCAAGACCUGCUUCACCUUCUGUUACGCGGCCGGGAACAACAACGGGACGUCUGUGGAGGACGGGCAGAUCCCGGAAGUCAUCUUCUACACCUAGGCCAGCCCCGUCCAGGUCACCCCGCGCCAGGCACAGCCGGCCUCCCUCCCUGCCAUGGGGACAAGUGUGACCGACCACCUGUCCCAAGGCACCGGGGAGGGGGUUAGGCCCUGGGCUGGGCCGUCGAGACAAUCCCUCCGUCGUGGGGGCCGAGCGGGCCUGGCCCUGGAUGGACAGCUGUCGGGGCCGAGGGCGG